AUGGCGCAUCGGAAGGUGAUAUCAAUGACCCGACGACCCAUAAUAGAGCAAGCCGUUAUGGGACUCGUCCGAAGCUCGAGCUUCUCCGGAAGGAAUCUAGCCAUCGCCGAUCUGGGAUGCGCUUCAGGACCUAACACUCUUUUCGCUGUGUCAGAACUCAUCAACGUAGCGGACAAGUGUCUUCAGAGCCUUCACUUCAUUCACUCGUCCUACAGUCUCCACUGGCUAUCACGGGUUCCUCCAGGAUUGGAAGAGAUGAAUAAGGGAAACAUUUCCAUCGGGAGCAGCAGCCCACCAGGUGUCUUGAAAGCCUACUACACUCAAUUCCAGACAGACUUCUCGUUCUUUCUGAGCUGCAGGGCGCAAGAACUAAGGUUUGGGAAUCUAGUUGGAAUCCAUCCCCAUGAAGGGGAAGUAGACUUGCCUGAAUCCCUACAAGACGGUGGGCGCAAUGUGGCGAGGUGCAUCAGGGCGGUGAUGGAACCACUACUAGUCCGUCAUUUUGGUCCACAAAGGAAAAUUAUGGAUGAGAUAUUUCUGAGAUAUGGAGUUAUUCUCUCAAAUUGGAUGGCCAUGGAGGAAGCUAUCUAUGUGAAUGUCAUUGUAUCGCUAACUAAGCCCUAG